AUGAUGCUUCAAAGGAGUCUUCAGCUUCCUUAUGGAAUUUUCCUAUGGGAUGGCACUGAUAAUGCUUGUCUUAUAUUUGAGGAUGGUUUCUUCCAGCUUGGAUAUUACAAUAUGGAGGAUGAGAGUGGGCUUGAGCUCAGUUUGGGUUUAUCUUGUGGUGGAUCAUCUUCCAAACUCAAGGGUAAAAAUGGUAGCUCCUCAGAUACUAGGGGUGAAGAAGUUGGUAGAGGUGGCAAAAUGGUGGAUGACUUUAAGAGCAUGUUUGACAACGCUCCUCAGAAGCCAGAAUCUAUUAGUGGGACUCGAAGAACUGAUUCCCCAAAGCCUGAGGAGAACUUCUUUAGUGACCUUUCAAAGGCCAAAGACGAGAAUGCUUCUUUGAAUUUAAAUGGCAGAGGAUUUCUGGUUGCAAAUAGUAGUAAACCUAUUGAAAUUGAGGAUGAUAAACGGUCAGAGGCAGCAAAUAAGCGAAAGAUGACUUUCGAUGAGAUACGAAAUCCAAAGAAGCAUGAGAGUGAUGUCCACCAUGCUGAUUUACAUGACAGGGCUAGAACAUCUCAUAUUUCUAUAACAGAAGAUGGUUCAACUGCAGAAAAUGAAGAUGUUGCUGACUCUGAAACUGAGAACUCCUCCUCUAGGCCCAUUUCACACCACAGUGAUGGUUCCAAAGGAUUCAUCAGGGUCGGUUCUUCUUCCGAUGCUGCAAAAGAGGUUCGUGGAAGUGCUGACUCAAAUGCUACCGACUUUAGUGGGCAGAAGAGGUUUACUGGGUCAUCAGAAAAAGAUUUUAAGCAUGCAAACUUGACUUACAGUGCUUCCUUUUCUGUUCAACCUGUAAAUAUGAUGAAUGUAUCUUACCCUUCUCCAGUAAAAGAGUCUAGCUCUGUAGGGGCGCCAGGCUCUCAGAUACAUGGAGUGAUGCAUGUAAUGCCUGCUGCAACUGGUGAACGGACAGGAACCCAAUCAGUGAAUAAUGGGAGUCUGCCGGUGAUGUUUGGAUAUCCUCCUGUUCAGCUUCCCAUGUUGGAGAAGGACCAGUCAUGGGGUUUGAUUUCUCAUCCUCAACAAUUACACUCUUCUUUUGUUGGCAGGGGUCCAACUAACCCAGCUACACUACAAGUAAUCUCAAACAACGUAUCGGAGGCUAAACCAUUCGAAGGAAGGCCAUUAGAUCGUACCAAAGGAGAUGGUAAACAGCGAGUCACCGAAGAAGGCUCCUCUUCACAACCUGAAGAUGUGAAAGGAAGAAGCACAAACCUUAGGGCCAAAGAUAUACCAGACCAACCAACAGAAGGUUCCGUCAUUGAUUUUUCAAAUAUUAAGCCCGGUCUUGCUGCAGAUGUUAAAUUUGGUGGAUGUGGUUCCUAUCCAAAUCUGCCUUGGGUAUCCACCUCAGGUUCCGGUCCAAAUGGCAGGACUAUAUCUGGUGUUACUUACCGAUAUAGCACUAACCAAGUUAGAAUUGUCUGUGCAUGCCAUGGUUCUCACAUGACCCCUGAGGAGUUCGUUCGCCAUGCAAACGAAGACCAGGCUGCCGCAGAGGGCAGUGGAGUUUUGGGGACUGUAGCAAACGGCAAUCCUGCUGCCUCUUCCCAUGGCUAG